CAGCAAUAUCCACUUUCAAUCGAUCCGAAAGGGAGCACGAUUUUCUUACAGCCCGCAGUUCUUGCAAAGUUUGUAUCGAUUGUAUCCAAGCAAUACACUCAUUCUGAAAGGGAAAACCAUGGUCCAACCAUUGAAACGGCUUACUGAAGCCUGAAACGGAAACAUACGCGGUGUGUGCACCUAAUUUACAAAACAAUAAUCGAAAUGGAACACUGAGACUGGACCAUGACACCAUGCAGUCCCCUGGUUUUUUCCUGUUCGUUCAAAUAGUUGGGCUCUCCUUGGUGCAUUGUUAUGUAAAUAAAAGUGAGGGUGAAGUUAACAUUGCAGUGAUUUUUUCCAAUUGCAACGGCACAGCUAGAAUCGACCAGAAACUCGAUGCUUCCAGAUGGAUCGUGGAUAGGAUUAACUUCCUUUCCGUCUUCAAGACGCUGAAAGUUGGACUGGCAGCUUACAAUGCAUGCAAGUCUGAAGAUUACGUCGAAGCUCUUUUCGACGUGUGGAGGAAAAAAGCAACGGAACAUUUCCUAGGGGUUAUAGCAGAGGAUAAUGUAACUGACGACGUAGAAGGAUUGUCUCAUGCCUUGAGAUUAAAUCUGAAGCGUUUUCAUCCAGAUUCCACCUAUCUGGUGAGGAGUACUGUGAGUGUACUGGAAGCCUUGAAAUGGAGCGAUAAUGUCACCGCUGUUAUUCAAGAUAAGAAAUUGGUGGAUGAACUCUUUCAGAUCGCUAGAACUCGUAAAAUAUGCAUCAGUAAAUACUGGAUACUCAGAGAAAAUUCCACUUACGAAUCGUUGAAUGAAGAAGGACCCUUGAUAAUAUUUGCAGAUCACUACCAAAUAACGAACUUCUUGUCCAACAACGAGCAUUUGCUCGAUGGCCAAAUGAUUUUAAUUCCAACAGAUGGACAGACUCUUGACAUUUCAGAAAACUCUUACACAAUCCUUCCAUCUAAUCUUCCACUGAAUGACAGCAGGGAGAAGGUUAACCUCAUACCAGCCCAACUCAUUUUCGAGCUCUCUCAGCCAAUCCUGAGCUACACAGAGCUUUUGAGAAUAUUUCUGAAGAUCCACUGCAAUGAAACCAAACAAGAACUCUCAUGUUUACAAAAUAAAAAAUUACAAUUUUCCACAAAGGACUCCUUGUACACCAACGAAAUGAUAUUGAAUAUACUUAAGAUUGAACCUUCACGAAAUAAUUUCCUCUACGAUGUAUACAGGGUUGAAAACGAAUCCGAAGAAUUCUUCAAGAUGGGUUACAACUUCAAACAAUCGCUGAGGAAAGCUUUCACUUACAACUUAUUCGAUGAUCAUCUAGUGAAUCUAUAUGAUUUGCCUGUUGGUAAUUCUUCGUCGAUCUGUGUUGAGGAUUUGAAAACUUGUCGACAGUCAUGUCUGAAUUUCCGGGAAAUGAAGCAGGGUAUUCACGUUUUUCUGUACGACCCUGUAGAGUUUCGUUCUGAACCUUUCGUGCUUGUAUUUAUUGCUAUAUCGGCUGUUGGUGUUCUUGUCAAUUUGAUUAUUUUAACGUUUCUUUUCAUUUGUAUAUGUAGGAAAGAGGUGCUUGAAGGUAAUCCAGCAACUACCAUAUUUCUUCUUCUUACCGUGCUCUUUAUGUAUUGCUCAGUGUUACCCUUCGCCAUUAAAGAACAUAUGGAUAAUGCAAACAUUCUUUGUCUCUUGAAAUCCUUAUGGACCACCCUCAGUAUAUGCGGUGCAUUUUCACUUAUCUUGUCACGAUGUAUUCUUCUUGCGACAGUCACCAAAGAAAUAGCUUACAUGUCACAUAUUCCUGGUUCAGUACAAUCUUUCAUGACACUCUUCAUAUUUGGAAUCCAAACAGCUUUAAGUCUACAGGUCAUCAACGACUGUCAAGGGGUUUUUUCAGGUUCAACCUUCAUUUACCUCAUGUCUUACAACAUCCUCCUUCUCCUCAUGAUUCUGUGUCUAGGUCCCAUGAUUUUCAAAUCUCAGAGGAACUACAAGGAGGGCAAAUAUUUCUUCAUUUCCGCUGUUAUGAUAGCGAUGUGCUGGUGUUUCUGGAUCUCCUGUUAUAAGGUCCUGAACGAAUCUUGGAGGGAUCUUCUGAUUUGUUUUGCCACUGUGUCCACGGCGUCUGUAUUGCAAGGGAUUAUAUUGGUGUCUAGGACUUAUUUGAUGAUGGUGUCUUCAGUACGGCAUAAGAUUAGGAACAGUUUGCCUAAUUUGAAUGAAAGGAAUGGAGUGCUGGAUAUUUACAGGGCAGAUGCUAGGCAAGUCUACGACUGUGUAAACGUUGCAGCUCUAAACGCUAUUUCAGUGGCAAGGGCUGGAAUAACAACAACAGACCUAGAUGAUGACAUUUACAAUUAUCCAACAUUACCAAGGGAUGAAGAACUCAACUUUGAAGUCCAGACAAACUCUUCUGUACAACUGGACAAAGUGACACGGUUUUGAAAAGUGAUAGCGUAUUGCUAAUUGCAUAUGUUGACAAACAAUUAUUUUUAUAUUCCAGACUCAGAAGGCUCUAUUUUGAUUUUUCCCUUAUUUAAAGAUGCUGGUAUUAAAAUAACUAGGAUAUUUUUGAUCUUAAAUAUCUUUUGAUAUUAUAUCUUUCGUAUAGGUCCCUAAGAAGACUUUCAUAUUGAUUCAAUGGAUAGACAAACACCGAAUAUCAUUUCACAAUUAAUCAUUAUUGUAUGAAUGAUUUUUAUAAUAGAUAU